AUGAAUUUUCAGACCGAUAUUUCGUCCUGCUUCUGGCCAGUCCCUGUAACAGGCCCGGGGUCGACAGUCAGUCCAGAGUAUUGUCUACAUGAAGCUCUUUUCUCACAAUACUUCAAACCGACUAGCCAUGACAACACAUACUACAGCCCGGUCGGCUGGCUACCACCUCCCCGAAGUACGCUAUUAGCCUAUCCUCAAGGGGCACCUUUCUAUAACCCGACUAUAGAUGCACCUAACUACCACAACCAAAACUCCCAGAAACAAGAGUGUAGCCAACCACCGCAAUCUCACACACUGUGGGAAAGGCCACCGCCUCGCCGGAGACGUAUAACCCGUUCCUCAUUACACGUUUGCAAACUAUACAAUAAAUAUUUCACACGGAAAUACAAUUUAUCUGCUCACAUGGAAACACAUAAUAAAGAUCGAGAGCACCCCUUUCCCUGUAUGGGGUGUACGAAAAGAUUUGUUCGUAAGACGGAUUGCGAACGCCAUUAUAAAAGUGUUUAUCUAAAGGAAAGGCCUUACUUCUGUGGGUAUUGCAAGCAAGGAUUUACCCGCAAAGACAUCCUCUCCAGGUCAGUAGAAAUACCGAAUUAA